AUGGCGACCAUCGCUGAGCUCAAAUGCGCCAUAAGAGAAACGCUGGAGUCUCGCGGAGUGCUGGGCCAACUGAAAGCUCGCAUCCGGGCAGAAGUGUUCGAUGCCCUCGAUGCCCAACGCGAACAGCGUCCGCCGCUGUCCCAUGAAAACCUAAUCAUCAAUGAGCUCAUCCGGGAGUAUUUAGAAUUCAACAAGUACCGACACACAGCCUCGGUUCUGACUGCAGAGUCUGGCCAGCCCCAAGUUCCCCUGGACAGACAGUUUCUGGCAAGCGAGCUGAGAGUUUCUGAAGAUAAGAGCUCCAAGUCAGUGCCUCUUCUGUAUGGUUUAGUGUCACACUUCUUGGUUAGCAGUGAUGAAGGAAGAAAGCUGUUCUUAAGAGGCACCACACAUCCUGGAGGCCACCUCUCCUAG